AUGAAGAGCUCUAUUUUCGCCGCCGCUGCCAUCGUGGGCUCUGCCCUGGCUGACGGUAACCUCCACCGUCGUCAUGACGCUCUCCACCAGAAGCGUGCUGUCGCCGUUCCUGGCCCUGCCUCCGCUUCCCCCUCGGCCUCGACCGUUGCUCCCCUGAACCCCGCCGAGGAGACUUGUGGCUGCGUGACCAAGGUCAUCACUUACUACGGCUCGCCCACCUUGGUGCCCAUUCCCCAGACUUCUUCCUCCACCAUUGAGGAAUCCACCAGCACUCUCACCAGCACUAUUCACUCCACCAGCACCCUCACCAGCACCGUGACCGUGACUCCCUCCGUGGCUGCUACUACUUCCGUGGCUCCUACCACCUCUGUGGCCCCGACUACCUCCGCCACUCCUACCCCGGCCACUUCCACCGUCUACGUGAGCUUGCCCACCAAUGGUGUCACCAGCUACUCCUCCACUGGUACUUACACCAUCCCCGCCACCACCAUUGUUGUCACCGACACUACCACUGUCUGUGGUGCUACCACUACCGCCCUUACCAGCGGUACCAACACCGUUGGAGCUGUCACCACUGUUGUCUCCACUGGCACCACCGUGACUUGCCCCUACGCCACUGUCAAGACCACCGGUACCACCGUGACCAGCGUCAUUGAGUACACCACCUACACUUGCCCCGUUGCUGGUACCUACACCGUUGUCCCCGGUACCACCACCGUGGUUCCCACCGACACCACCGUUGUCUACCCCACUGCCUCUACCAUCACCCCCGGUACCUACACUCAGCCCGAGACCACCAUCACUGUCACUGAGACCGAUACCACCUACUACUGCCCCUUCGCUACUAGCACUGGCCUUGCUUCUGCUACCGCCGCCGCCGUCCCCACCACCACUGCUGCCCCCGCUGUCGCCGCUACCACCACCGUCGCUGCCGCUGCCACCUCUAGCACUACCGCCGCCGCCACUGCCAGCAGCACCUCUACUCUCACCGGUGCCGGCAAGUACGGUAUGACUUUCUCUCCUUACACCGACAGCGGUGACUGCAUGACCCAGGAGGAGGUCACCAAGAACGUCAAGGUCAUCUCCGAGAAGGGCUUUGAUCUCAUCCGUAUCUACUCUACUGACUGCAGCGGUCUUGAGUUCAUCGGUAACGCCGCCAAGGAGUUCGGCAUGAACCUCAUCCUCGGUGUCUACAUUGAAAGCACUGGUACCUCCGGUGCCCAGGAGCAGGUUGAGGCCAUUGCCAAGUGGGCUCAGUGGAGCAUGGUUGAGUUGAUUGUUGUUGGUAACGAGGCUGUCUCCGAUGGAUACGUCACUGCCGCUCAGCUUGCCAGCUUCAUUACUUCCUCCAAGUCUAGCUUCGAGUCUGCCGGUUACACUGGCCAGGUCACCACCACCGAACCCAUUGACAUCUGGCAAGAGUAUGGUUCUUCCACCCUCUGCUCCCCCGUUGACAUUGUCGGUGCCAACAUCCACCCCUUCUUCAACGCCCAGACCACUGCCGCCCAGGCCGGUGCUUUCGCUCUGAGCGAGUACAAGAUCCUUGAGGGCAUCUGUGGUAAGGAUGUUGUCAACCUCGAGACUGGCUGGCCCAACGCUGGUGACGCCAACGGUGCCGCCGUUCCCGGUGUCUCUGAGCAGGAGACUGCCGUCAAGGGAAUUGCCAGCGCCAUUGGCUCCAAGUCCAUCUUCUUCUCUUACGCUGACGACGCCUGGAAGGCGCCUGGUGAAUUUGAUGUGGAGAAUCACUGGGGUUGCGCUAGUGUCUUCGAAUAA